UGUUUAUUAGUUGUAGUUUCGGAAAUGUUCGGUGCCUUUCAAGGUCGGAUUUUCCUUUCUUCCACGCAUUCUUCUCCCAACUGAUCAAAUUGUCCAUUCCAAGCCAAGCUAAGCUACCAUUCUGCCAUAUCUCUCCAUUUCUAUUAUAUAUCUAUAUAAUAUAUAUAUUUUCCGGCGCGCCACCCCACAUAUCAACCAGCUAGUAUAUAUAGGCAGAAUGAGCCACCCUUCCUUCGCCGCAGCGCCGCCGUGCUCUCUCAGUAGCUACCGCUUCUCACAACCGCCCAACCGGCGGUUAUUGCGGUUUCCCGGCCGCGCCGAUAACACCGACAACCUCUUCACCCCGAACCGGCGGCGGAUCACCACCACUACUACCUCGGCUCCUCCUCGUAGCUCCAAACCUGUUCCCCAUCAUCAUCGUAACAUCGUAAAAGCUCAUCAAUCCACUCAAACCUUCACCUACAGAGUCAAGACCGACAUUCCCUUGUAUGAAUCACCCGAGGCUUCAUUUGACCAGUAUCUAGAGGACAAGCCCAGAGUUCUCAAAGCCUUGUGUCCUUACGAGAAGCGAAAACCUGAACAAAUUAACGAGGAAGAAUGGAGGAUAUACAUGGCGCCCAUAGAUUUCAUGUUCCUCUCCGCCACGCCGGUGGUUCAUAUGAGACUGCGGUGCAAGACAAAAGGCAUAGGAUACCCUUCCGGCAUUCCGCCCAACACUUCCAAGCUGCUCGAGUUAAAAGUUGUUAAAUCGGAGCUUAGGGGAGAUUUGGAUUCAUUGAUGAAGCAUACACAAUUCAAUCUGGGGGUUGAAGGAGUGGUAUACCCAGACAGAAAGGGAUCAAGAACUAGGAUUAAAGGCCAUCUUUUGAUGUCCAUAACCUUUUCUCCACCACCUGCCCUAGCUCUCAUCCCUCAACACCUUCAUAACGACAUCACGCAACUGAUUCUGAGGACAAUAGGAGAGGGCAUGGAAAGGAAUGUAAAUAAUGGAUUGGUGGCGGACUACGGCAAGUUCAAGAAGGAGAAGAGAUGAGAUAUGCGGCGCGGCGGCGCCGUCUUGGAAUGAGACAGACAGCGGCGGACUACGGCAACUUCAACUGAAAAUAUAUGUCGACAAAUGCCGCCUAAUGUAACUAUUAGCGUUAACGUUAACGUGCAAGCAUUCAUUCA